UGAGAUAACAGAAAUUAACUUUGCCUCGUGGGUCUUGACUUGUGAUUGACUUGAUUGAUUAAACUAACUUUGAUGCUGCCCUGACAAUAAUUGAAUUCGGCGGCAUGCCCAUAAGAAUGAAGUAUGAUGAGUAUACUCAAGGGGCUCUCGGAAAAAUUCCUCAGGAGGCUGGUAGUUGUGCCAGGCAAACAAUUCUAAAUAAGAAGCGCAUCUCCAUACCUAAAUGUAAUGUACGGAGAUACAUUCUGAUUUUAAUAUGUUCAGAAGAUAUAUAUUUUUAAAUUUUAAAAGCCGUUACGAAUAGAAUACACUAAUGUCUGUGGUUAAACUAAGCUGUGAGCCAUUGUAAAUUGCAUCCGGUUGACAGUGCAACAGUUAUUCAAACAUCGAUCUGAACCAAAUCAUAAUGCUAAAUUCAAAGGGUUUUUUUUUUUUGACCGGAUAUGCCUUUGAUUCCAACUGAUAUUAAUACGAUACCCAUCAGCAAGGCCCAAACAAACCCUUCAUGUUUAUGAUGUGAAUUUGGAAUUCGUAUUUAUUACAUAGGCAUUGCAAUUCGACAUGUAGACUCUUGUGACGCCUACACACCCGCAAGCAAAACUUAAAAGGUAUACACAUUUGAAAGGGUAUACUAGAUUCGUUGAAAAGUAUGUAAAAGGCCGAAGGCCGUUUCCGACCAUAUAAAGUAUAUAUAUUCUUGAUCUGGAUCAAUAGCCGAGUCGAUCUGAUCCUGUCCGUCCGAUUGCUCCCAUACUUUCGUCAUGAAUUUUCUCAUUACUUAUUCGAUAGGCAUUGGCUGACUGAACCCAUUAAUCGAUAGCUUUUACCACAUUUCGUCGACUUGUUACUUCGAGCUCGUCAAAGUCUUCGCCAGUUAUCACUUGGGAGCGGUAUCGUUCGUUCAAAAAAUAAAACAGUGUGACGAAAAGACGAAGCCGACGAUUAGAUUUCAAUAAGAAUCACAACGGGCUCUUAAAUAUGGUCGGAAUACUUACCGUAUUUGUGUUUAUUUUGCUUAUCCACAAUAACUUUGCGAAAACCAUUCUUGUCGAAGAGCUUACAAAGUGGACAUUGAGAAAUAAAACCUCCUCCCUAAGGAUUGACGUGCCCCGCCUUCCAAGUGGAGUGUACACAGCGCUUAAGGAUACCUAUGGAGACAUCUUAGACCCAGGAAACGACGUAUCCCUGCGAUGGAUAGCCAACCAGUCGUGGAUUUACAGCACCAGCUUUAACACCGCUGAAUUGGGACUCGACAGCCACAUAAAUCUCACGCUCCACGGAAUCGAUACAGUUUCCAAGGUGCACCUGAAUGGAGCGCUUCUUGGUCAGACGGACAACAUGUUCGUUCGCUAUUCUUUUGCCAUAGGUCACUUGCUUUUGCCCAGCCCUUCCCAAAACAUCUUGGAGAUUGAGAUCCUUUCACCCCUGCAGGAGGCAAGUAGGCGUGCUCGAGAACUUGAAGACUUAGGCGUCGUUACCGGGCCGAUUAGCUGCCCAAGGGCUCGCGGCGAUGUCGAGUGCCAUCGGAAUCACUUACGCAAGAUGCAAAUGAGUUUCGGUGGCGAAUGGAACCCAGCCGCACUUUCCCUAGGCAUAUGGAAGCCAGUGGUAGUCGAAUACUAUGCAGUAGCCGUAUUUCGCGAUGUUGAUGUUGCCCUUAAACGGAACGAUUCUCACUGGACGAUGGAUUGCCGCGCCUUCCUUAGUACACAUGCUUCAGAGAAUUUUUAUGCCCAACUGGUGGUUAAUGCCAACGAGCUUUUAGAUGACCGAUAUGUUCUUAAUCAGCAAUUGGUCUCUAUUGAUUCGCCAGUGAUAGAAUUUAAAAUACACAUACCCAAAGAUCGGGUUAUCUUGUGGUGGCCCAAUGGCUACGGCAAGCAAAAACUUUAUCCAGUCCUUUUUUCCGUGAAAUGCUAUACCAGCGAAGAUCGUCACACACUAAGCUCACGCACAGAGUCCCAAAAGCUAUUAAAGAUUGGGUUCCGCACCAUAGAGUUGGUUGAAGAUACAGACCACAUUGGCAGAACCUUUUUUUUCCGGGUCAAUGGCCACCCCAUAUUCAUGAAAGGAGCGAAUUAUGUACCAGCCCACACACUUCCUGAGUUAUCGGCUGAUGCCGACGCGGUCGCACAUCUGCUUAAGGCCGCAAACGAGGCCAAUAUGAACAUGAUACGCGUUUGGGGAGGCGGCCUUUAUGAGUCGGAUACCUUCUACAACUUAGCGGACUUUUACGGACUAUUGGUGUGGCAGGACAUGACGUUUUCCCAAGCAGCAUACCCGCUAGCAAACGACUUUGUAGCUUCUGUGUGCGUGGAGACAGUGCAGAAUGCACAGCGACUUUCUUAUCAUCCAAGUUUAGCCCUAAUAGUCACCAACAAUGAGAUUGAGCUAUUCCUGUCGACCAACAAAUCUGAUUUUGGGGAAAACGCCACUAGAAUGGAGAGCGACUACAAGACCUUGUUUAUUGAAACAAUAAUUAAAGAGUUAAAAGUUAUCUCUCGAAAAGAUUUUAGCCCUCGACCUGAGCCCAUGGUCUCGACGCCUUCACUAGGUGUUCAGGAGUCUGGCAAAAACCUCUCCAACAACCCGCAAAGCUUAAACUAUGGUGAUGUGCACUUUUGGGACGACAAAGAUGGAUUCAGCCCUGAAACGUAUCCUCACGCUCGCUUUGUUUCGGAAUUCGGUUACUCCAGCCUUCCAAUGAAAUCAACGUGGCAAAGGGCACUAGCUGAUUCUGCAGAUGAUAGCGACCUUGAAAUUGCAAGACUCAUUCGAAGCCGUCAGCACGACCCUAAGGGAUUCAUACCGAUACUCCAAUUAAUAGCCUAUCAGCUUCCGUUUGUUCCCCAAAAUUGGGACGAAGAUAUCGAUAAGUUUAUAUAUUUUAGCCAAGUGGCACAGGCCAUCGCAACUAAAACCGCGUUGGAAGUAUUUCGCAGUCUACGCACAGGAAACCAUACAAUGGGAGCUCUUAUGUGGCAGUUAAACGAUGUUUGGGUGGCUCCAACUUGGUCCUGCCUCGACUUCUACGGAAACCCUAAGCUAUUAUACUACUGGACCAAGGAACUUCUUGCCCCAACUAGUGUUAUAGCCCUGUACGACAAUAUCUCAAACAACCUCAAUAUCACGCUUACAAGGGAGGACUUCUCCGAGCACAGAGACUCGCAGUUAUACUAUGUACUGGUGAACACCUAUCUAUGGACGGACUUGAUUCCUAAGAAGACUAUAGCUCGCGCCUUUGGCCUGGGCUCUAAUAACCUUGAGAUGCGGCAAAUACCUUUGGAGUACUUGCUGUACGAAAACCAUUUGAAGGAAGAACUGUUUUUGGAAAUCAUUCUGGAGGACGAAUACGGCAACUCCGUGGCUAGAAACUUUUUUUACCCCGUACCCCUUAACAAAAUUAUUGGCAUUAAGGAUCCAGAACUAACACUAGAGGUUGAAGGUCAGGACUGCAAAGCGGCAACAUCCCCUUAUGCAAAUAGUUUUAGUUUGCGCAUCACUGUGAGAUAUCCGGCUCUACUUGUAUACCUUGAGCUAGUGCAUCCUUAUUAUGUCAAGGAGCGGCACAGGUUCUCGACAAAUGGCUUUACUCAAACCCAGCCAAAAAAGACGAUACACCUAGUGUUCGAAAGCGACACGGUCUGCAUGACUUUAACUACCGACCACAUUAAAGUUCAAACGAUUAAUCAGUAUUUAAUAUAAACUAUGUUCUAUGUGUAAGUCGAAAAUGCUGCAUAAUAUUUAAAAUAUACCCAAAGCAGAACAUACUUCCGAAAUUGAUUUUUUUCAGGGACCGCUGUGAUUACAUGAACAUGAAUUAAUUAAAAAAAAUAUAUUUUUAAAUCAUGAUUAUAAGGCUUAUCAUAAUAAGGUGUCCAUCAAUGAACUACUCUCCAAUAUUAUC